AUGGCCGAAUUGACGAACGUUUUAGCUCAAAUCGCAGACAUUUUGAAAAAUGUUCAAGCUACGCAAAACCAAAUCAUUGAAAACAAACAAACAAAUUAUACGGGAAGAGAUAAUUUACAACCCUAUGAUGAAAACAACGAGAAUUUCGAUUCGUACUUACAGCGUUUAGAUAACCACUUACAACUACGCGGCGUAGAUAAAAAUUCACAAACAAAACUUUGUGUUCAAAUUUUAAUAGGAUGUCUUAGUCCUAAAAUUUACCAAAUUUUAACUAAACUUACGGCCCCAGAUCUUCCUAAUACACGAUCAUACGAUGAAUUAAUCAAGCUUUUACGUGAAUAUCUAGCACCUCAGGCUAGUGUAACUGCAGAGCAACAUAAAUUUUACACCCGAUUACAAGGAGAAGGAGAAUCAAUUCAAUGCUAUGUCGCUGAAUUACGAAAACUUACCACAAAUUGUGAGUUCAAUUGUACAAAAUGUAAAACAUCUACCAUAGAAACGCAUUUACGCGCACAAUUUAUUAGAGGAGUCCGUAAUGCAGAAGUACGAGCACGGCUAUUACAACAAAAGAAUCCAACUUUCGAUGAUGUGGUACAAAUAGCAAAAUUAAUGGAAGUAUCCAAAAAAGAAUCUUCAUUAAUGCAAGCUCCGGGACAAAUAAAUGCGAUCCAGAAGAAAUCAAAUCAUUUUAAUGGUAACAGAAAAAACUAUACAAAGAAUACAGAAAACAUGGUUGGUAAAUGCUUUAGAUGCGGCAAAACAGGCCAUAAAGCUAAUAAUUGCCAAGCGAAAAACUUAAAAUGUUACAAAUGCAAGAAAGAAGGACACGUACAAUCGGUUUGUAUGCAACGAAGUACAAAUACAAAAGCAAAAACGCAAAAACAAAUCGAUACUACAAGUGAAAACGAACAAGAAGAAGAAGAAGAAGUUCAUCCAGUCAACGAAAUUGUUGCAAUUAAUUCAUUACAUACAUCUAAAAUUCUAUUGCCAAUUCGAAUAAACGAAGGAAAAUGUAACAUGGAAUUGGAUACAGGUGCAGCUGUUUCCACGAUUUCGAUACAACAGUUUAAGAAAAUAUGCCCCAAUACAACCAUACAUCCUACUAACGUGAAGUUACGAACCUACACAGGAGAAAUCAUACAUCCUACCGGUUCAACGAUGGUCAAGAUACGCUACAACGAUCAAACAGCCGAAGGGAAACUGUAUGUUUUACCUUUACAAGUUGAUGCCAUAUUCGGAAGAGAUUGGUUACAGAAAAUAAAAAUAAAUUGGCCAGAAAUCAAUAAUUUACACAUGGAUAUAGAAUUGGAAACGUUUUUAAAUUCAUACAGAAACGUGUUGUCCAACGAAUUGGGAGAAAUUCCAAAUUACAAGUACAGCCAUAAAUUCAUCGACCCGAAUACUAGACCAGUUUUUUGCAAACCAAGACCUGUACCAUACGCUUUACAGCCAAAGGUGGAGGAAGAAUUGGACAGAUUGGAAGGGCAAGGAAUCAUAGAGAAGACAAUCCAUUCUUCGUGGGGUACACCCAUCGUACCAGUUUCAAGAAAAGACGGGAGAAUAAGAAUAUGUGCAGCAUACAACAUUACCAUAAAUAAAUAUUUGCAAGAUGACCGUUACCCGAUUCCAAGAAUAGAAGAUAUUUUCAAUAAAAUGAAGGGUGGCAAGUAUUUUUGUACACUCGAUGUAGGAAACGCUUACCUACAUAUGAAGAUGGACGAAGAAUGCUCUAUGAUCCAGGCGAUUUCUACGCACAAAGGGGUCUACAAGGUGAAGAGACUAAUGUUCGGAGUUAAAACUGCUCCAUCUGCAUGGCAACGAUUCAUGGACAAAUUGAUGCAAGAUUUGGACGGUGUCGUUUGUUUGUUUGGUUGCAUAUAUAACAAAGGUCAUAGACUUCAAUGA